AUGGAGGCGAGCUCCCCUUGCUUCCUGCAGCCUGGGCCACUGCUCUCGCAGCCUCUGCAGCCUCUGCAGCCUCUGCAGCCUCCAGCUCCAGCAUCGGCACGGACAUGGCGUGAAGCGAGCCGAGCUUGCCCUGGUCACGGGCAUUGCAACCCAGUCCUGGUGGGAGGAUCAGCUGUACUGGCCUUGGCCGCCUUGCACCGCAAGAAAGCUAGUGCGGGGCGUGUGCGGAGCAAGGCGGUUGCCCUGCGCGCCGCAGUUGACGUAGAUGCGUGGAAGCGAGGGUUUCGGGAAGCGGAUGAGCUCGAGGACGGGUAUUACUUCAUGGACGUUGAAGGGAUUCCUGCAGACCUUCGUGGCACCUACUUCCGAAAUGGACCAGGCAAGUUCAAGGAAGGAGAAAACCAGGUUCUGCACGAGAUGGAUGGGGAUGGCUUCAUCCUCGGAAUCACCUUUGAGGACGGCCAAGUGUGCGUCCGCCAUCGGCUGGUUCAAACUCAGGGCCUGCUAAGAGACAAGUUUGCUAAGCGGCUCUUUGCCAAGGGCUACUAUGGCACCCCUCCGGCAGAAGGAGGAGCAGGCCUGGAUCCCCGGACAGGCUUCCCCAAGCAUACGGCCAAUGCAGGCGUGGCCUUUUGGGAGGACCAGCUAUUGGCUUUGGGGACAGCUGGAGGUACCAAGCCCUUCAUGAUAGACCCAGCAACUCUGGGCACGGUGCUUGGGAACGAGGACGAAGGCUCCUGGAAUUUGGAUGGGGCUCUAGACAGCGAAACGGGCUUUGGCUCCUGCCCCAAGGUUUGUGGCACUGAGGGCUGCCUUGCCUUCAUCGAUCAGGUGCCAUCCGCCCUGCAAACCACGGUGAAGUACAUGGAGUUUGCCCCGGGCGCCUGGAGACCGCGGUACCCGAAGCCGCGGGAGUUCUCGGUGGGCGGCUUCACGCGCUUCGCAGACUUCGCCAUCACCCCCAAAUGGCUGGUCCUGGCCAAGCCGCCGCUGAAGGUGGACGGCAUUGGUGCCGCCUUCGGCAAGACCUUCUCCGAAGUCUUGGACUUCGAUCCUUCCGGGAAGGGUGAGCUCAUCUUUGCCACGCGCCUGCGCAGGGAUGAGCAGGAAGUCACAGUGCCCGUAGACGCACUGGUGUGCGAGGAGUUCGCGAACGCGUUCGAGGACGGUGGGCGCGUGGUGGUGGACAUGGUGACUGCCACCCGCUGGGAGCUGGGCAAGGUGGAGUCUGCACCGCGUUGGGAGGUCCAGGAUCCCUGCCAGGCCCCCAAGCGCUCGCUGGAGCGCUACGAGGUUGACCUCAGCAAUGGAACCUUCACCAAAAAGACACUUUGUGACAAGCACCUGGGCUUUGCCUCAGUGAACCCAGCCCUGACUGGCAAGAAGCACCGGUUUGUGUUUGCCGCAGUGGCACAGGGUGAUGUCGGCCCUUACAGCGGCAUCGCCAAGAUUGACGUGGAGUCGGGUGACGUCGAUGAAUGGCUAGGGGGAUCCUACGAGUUCGUGGGAGAGCCUUUAUUUGUUCCCAAAGAAGACCUGGACGGAGAGGAAGAUGGAUAUCUGAUUACAGUCAGCUUUGAUGGCAAGGAGGACAAGAGCUCCGUCCUUAUUUUCGAUGCCAAGUCCAUCUCCGAAGGUCCCGUGUGUCAGUUCCCCCUCAGGCAGUCAGCAGUCCCCUAUGGGCUCAAAGCUUGCUGGGUGCCUGACCUGCGCUACACGGCCGAGGAGAUGAAGCGGAAGAUGACUCUGCUUCGGAUGUUUGUCAAGAAGUCCACGGAGUGGAAUGCCAUGGAGAUGGGCUUCUCUUCCUUCGGUGGCCAGGCGCUCUUCCAGAAGCAGGGCGUCAAGAUGCGCUGA